AUGAGUGGAUCCACCACAAUUACAGAUUCAGGAUUAUAUCAUGAUAUCAAGACAUUCAUCAAACAUGAAUCGAAUGCUUCAUUCAUAGCUGGUGGUGUUGCUGGAGCAGUAUCACGUACGGUUGUGUCGCCGUUUGAAAGAGCAAAGAUUCUAUUACAAGUCCAAGGACCUGGAUCAAAUCAUGCAUAUCAAGGAAUGUUCCCCACUAUUUUCAAAAUGUAUCGAGAAGAAGGUUGGAGAGGAUUAUUUAGAGGGAAUCUUUUGAAUUGUAUAAGGAUCUUCCCUUAUAGUGCUGUUCAAUUUGCUGUGUUUGAAAAAUGUAAAGAAAUCAUGUUAGAUCAACGACCUCAUAAUAAACAUAAUCUUAAUGUUUAUGAACGAUUGAUGGGAGGAUCACUUGCAGGGAUAGUUUCAGUAGCAGUUACAUAUCCCUUAGAUUUGAUUCGAGCUAGAAUAACAAUUCAAACUGCAUCAUUAUCUAAACUUGAUAGAGCCAAAUUAACUAAACCACCUACGGUACUUCUGACCUGUAAAGAAGUGAUUAAAAAUGAAGGUGGUGUGCUUGGACUUUAUAAGGGAAUAACUCCAACUACAUUAGGAGUUGCCCCAUAUGUGGCGAUUAACUUUGCCUUAUAUGAGAAAUGUCGAGAAUAUAUGGAUAAUUCACCCUUUGAUUUUUCCAAUCCAAUGUGGAAAUUGUCGGCAGGAGCAUUUUCAAGUUUCGUAGGAGGGGUAUUGAUUUAUCCUCUUGAUGUAUUACGGAAACGAUUCCAAGUGGCUAGUAUGGCUGGAGGGGAAUUGGGAUUUCAAUAUAGUUCAGUUACUCAAGCAUUAAUUCAUAUGUUUAAACAUGAAGGAUUCUUUGGAGCAUAUAGAGGAUUGACAGCUAAUCUAUAUAAGAUUGUUCCAUCCAUGGCUGUUAGUUGGUUAUGUUAUGAUACAUUAAAGGAUGUUAUUCAUCGAUGGUAA